UACAGACUGUUCUAUUUCUAGGCUGGAUCCGUUUGGCAAGAUGGACUCUGUUUCAAAUGCUUGUGCAUGGAAAUGGAAGGACAAUUUAUUUCUACUUGCCGAGAAGAAAUAUGUCCUAAAAUGCAUGAUCUGCCGGAUGCUGAGAAGUAUGUUCGAGAAGUGGUAGAAAUUCCAGGAGCUUGUUGUCCAAGCUAUCGCCGUACUGCUUGCAUGUUAGAAGGUACCAUAUAUCAGAUUGGAUUAGAAUGGCCUUCUCCAGAUGGUGAUUUUUGCAAGAAAUACAGCUGUGUGGCUGAUUUUUCAGGUGAAGCAGCCAUCAUGGUGAAAACUAUAAAUUGCCAAAAAGAGUGCCCAGAAUGGGCUGUGUAUGCGGAGGCUUCCCCAGAAUCUAACAAGUGUUGUGGUAAGUGUGUGCCAACUCAAUGUGAAGAAGAUGGACUUCUCUAUGAUGAUGGUGCAACGUGGAUAUCUAAGUCUCAACCUUGUUACACAGCUACCUGCACAGUGAGGGAAAAUGGAACUCAUAUAGCUUACAAAGGAGAAAGCUGCCCAAUUAUGCCAGAAAACUGUCCUCUAGAAAACAUAAGAACUGAUCCAAAAGGAUGCUGCUCAUACUGCAAAACUACAACAGAUAAAUGCAACCCCGUUCAAGUUGCGGCUUAUGAAACCAGAGGAUAUUUUACAUAUGUGGAUCCAAUUAAAGGCUCGUGCAUGAAUCAUGAUGCACUAAAGAAUCUCACUAAGUGUGCUGGAUACUGUUCAUCUGAAUCCCUUUACUCAAAUUUGGAAGGAGAUUUCCAUAGUAUCUGCAACUGCUGCCUCCCAAUCAAGACCAAAGAUAGAAUCAUCAGCCUCACCUGUCACGAUGGAUCGACUGUCAAAAAACUGUAUCAACAGCCUUUGCUCUGCGAGUGUCGCUCUUGUUCAGGGACAGACAGAUCUCACAAAGCCAUGAACCAAAUUGAGCCUUACUAAAAAGAAAUUUGUUUAUAAGCUUAA